ACGAUCCACUCUGGUAAACUUCCGCUCGUCGUCCGAGACCGCAACCCUCCACAUCACAAAGCAGUUCACCAGCUCAUGGUGACCACGCCCUAGGUCCGAGUGUCCCAACGUGGGCCUGCCUUGUACUGUUUGCUUCCUUGGGCGUUUCGGUUCAUGUUGACUAUUUGCGGAUUGAGCACCACUACCGCCAAUCUCCAUCAUCUGUAACAUUCUAUUCGAUCCCUUCCAUACAUGUCUUCGACGGAGAGCUCAGGCGACAGCAAGCCACCACAACUCUCCAACGCUACCGAUGACACCCCGACCGAUCCUUCUACGGAGCAACCUACGCCCGCGGAUGAUAUGACAGGAGAAGAACAAAGGAGGAGGGCUGGCUCGGUGGCCUACUCGCCAGGGGGCCGAGGUGCAGAGCCACUGAACAUAUUGAGUCCAGGUGCCACAGAUCGCGUCUUUCCAAUACGCAGUGUUGUCUCCAUGGACCCGACCCCAACGCCCACACAACGGCCAGACAGAGGAGAAUACUUUCCGUCGGCAAGUGCAGCCCGAGCAAGAGGACAUUCAGAGAGCUCUGGAUCGACGAGAUCGCGCAAGCCAAGCGGGGAUCUGAGCGGGCCCGGGAGUGUACUGGCAAAAGGUGGCAUUCCAGAUCUACCCAGUCCAGUAGGGGAGAACCCAAAAGUUAUGAGACCGAGAGAUGCUACCGCAUUGAGAGCACCACCGCAGGUCUUCAGCGAUUUCAAUUCGACACGCUCGAAUGAUAGUGGCAGUGUUGGAGAUCCGGGCGAUUUUUCGCUGAUUUCUGGAGGUGCGUCAACCAGGAGCAACAGGAGUACAAGAAGCGCUGCAAAUGAUGAACUUGGAGGACUAGUCACGGCAAGAUUCAAGCACGUUGUGACCGAUGGCGGCCAUGCCAUUGUCACUGGUCGCGAUGGCGAAACGCUGCAAAGAUGCGAGGACGAGCCUAUCCAGAUUCCCGGUGCCAUCCAGGGAUUUGGUCUGUUGAUUGCAUUGCAGGAAGAUCCAGGCACCGGCAAUCUUCUCGUGCGCAUUGUGAGCGAGAAUUCGAAGCGAAUACUAGGCUGGACUCCCAAACAACUGUUCGCACUCGAGAACUUCUGCGACAUCUUAUCUGAAGAGCAAACGGAUAACCUCUUGGAUCAUAUAGACUUCAUUCGUGAUGAAGAUACCGAUGUAGAGACGAACGGCCCCGAGGUCUUCACCAUGGCCAUCAAAGCCCCUGAAGGUCGUGCGCGGAAGCUUUGGUGUGCAAUGCAUUCCAACGACAGAAAUCCAGGGUACAUAAUAUGCGAAUUUGAGCUGGAAGACGACGUCAGUAACCCCUUGGUCCCUAACAACAAUCAAACCCCAGAUCUCCCCGAGGAUACGUUAUCAAGUAAUCCCACGGAAGAAGAAUACUUGGAAAGCACGCAAGUCUGGAGUCGGCCGUUACGUGUGCUAAGAAGCGCUAGAAAACGCAAGGGAGAGGCCGCAGCUAUGGAGGUUUUCAAUAUCAUGUCACAGGUACAGGAGCAGCUGGCCACCGCGCCAAACCUAGAGAAAUUUCUGAAAGUCUUGGUUGGUGUGGUCAAGGAGUUGACUGGCUUUCACCGAGUCAUGGUCUACCAGUUCGAUGCUGCCUUCAACGGCAGAGUAGUCACUGAAUUGGUCGAUCCGCGCGCAACUAAGGACUUGUACAAGGGUCUCAAUUUCCCCGCGAGCGAUAUACCCAAACAAGCUAGAGAUAUGUACAAGAUUAACAGGGUCCGACUCUUGUACGACCGCGAUCAAGAGACAGCAAGGCUUGUUUGUCGUACGCUCGAGGACCUGGAGAAUCCUCUCGACCUUACGCAUUCAUAUCUUCGCGCCAUGUCUCCAAUUCACAUCAAAUAUCUCGCUAACAUGGCUGUUCGGUCCUCAAUGUCCAUAUCAAUCAAUGCAUUCAACGAGCUCUGGGGCCUGAUUGCUUGCCAUUCUUAUGGGCCGAGGGGCAUGCGUGUGUCUUUCCCAAUACGCAAAAUGUGUCGUCUAGUCGGUGAUUCGGCGUCGAGAAACAUCGAACGACUUUCGUAUGCAUCGAGGUUACAAGCCCGCAAACUCAUCAACACUGUGCCUACGCAGCACAACCCAUCUGGCUACAUUAUUGCUUCGUCAGACGACCUCUUGAAACUAUUCGAUGCUGACUAUGGAUUAUUAUCCAUACGGGACGAAACGAAGAUCCUGGGUCAUCUUGAACAGACACAGGAAUGCUUGGCCAUGCUGGAAUAUCUGCGCAUGAGAAAAGUAACGUCUGUAACUACCUCGACAGACGUGAAAUUUGACUUUCCAGACUUGCGAUAUCCGCCUGGAUUCUCUGUCAUCGCUGGUAUGCUGGUAGUACCACUUUCUGCGAGUGGUCAUGACUUCAUCGUCUUUUUCAGAAAAGGUCAGCUCAAGGAGGUCAAAUGGGCCGGGAACCCAUAUGAAAAAUUCGUUCGUGAAGGUACAGAAGGGUACCUCGAGCCGCGGAAGAGCUUCAAGACUUGGAGUGAGAUGGUUGUUGGUAAAUCAAGAGAGUGGACCGAGGAAGAAAUCGAGACGGCAGCUGUGCUCUGUCUUGUGUACGGCAAAUUCAUCGAGGUCUGGCGACAAAAAGAAGCAGCACUGCAGAACAGCCAGCUGACAAGGCUCUUGCUCGCCAAUUCGGCACACGAAGUCCGCACGCCGCUCAAUGCUAUCAUAAAUUACCUCGAAAUCGCUCUCGAGGGCUCCCUCGACACAGAAACGCGUGAGAAUCUCGCGAAAUCUCAUUCGGCAUCAAAGUCUCUGAUCUACGUCAUCAACGACCUGUUAGAUCUCACCAAAACGGUCGAGGGCGGCGAGCUUGUCAAAGGUGAUGUAUUCGACCUGAAAGCUACACUACAAGAGGCUACAGAUCUGUUCAAGGGCGACGCACGCAGGAAAAACAUCGAGUACGAAAUCACAGAAUAUCCUGGUAUUCCCCAGAAAGUUAUCGGAGACCAACGUCGGAUCCGUCAAGCUAUAUCUAAUAUCACUGCCAAUGCCAUCCAGCAUACGACUGAGGGUAGUGUCAAGGUCGACAUGUACGUGACGUCCUGGGUGGACGCUCAUGUCGAGGUUGAAGUGGUCGUGCAAGACACUGGUACCGGUAUGAGCACUGCUAAGCUAGAUGCACUGUUUCAGGAGCUUGAACAAGUUCAGGGCGAGGGCGAUGCUAUGCCUCUGGAGGAUGCGCUUCCGAAAACAAUCACAGAUGGCAAGGAGAAGGGCGACAAACGAGCACUUGGUCUUGGUCUGGCUGUUGUCGCGCGCAUAAUCAAGAACAUGAAUGGACAACUGCGCCUGAAGUCUGAAGAGGGCAAGGGCUCCCGCUUCGUUGUCAACUUUCCGUUCGACCUACCGGACUCCGAAGUCAAGCCCGAUAACGCCAGCUCCAUAACAGAGACACCCAGUACUGUUGUCACACCACAAUUUGACCAACCGAAUGAAGUCACUCUCAUACAACGAGACGCAAAUGCGCCGCAACGACCGAGCUCAUCGGCAAGAGGAGUUGAAGGGGUUGUACAACGAAGAAAUAGCGCAGACAGCCUGGGCAGCCGCAAAAGCUUGAAGAGUCUAACCAGCGUCUCAAGUACUGCAAGUGGCAAGAGUGAUGUUGAUCGCUUGAUUGAAGCCAUCCAAGAACCACACGGGGUCAACAAUCGGCCAGCCCUGAAAAGGGUAGGUAGUGCUAUGUCUACGCGUUCACGCAUCGAAAGCAAUCGAUCCGGGAGCUUUGGCAGCUCGUCGGUGUCGCCUGUAGAUCGUCCUCGUGCUCGUAGUAUCGAAGCCGUCGAAGGCCUUGCUGCCGACAGGGCGAGCGGUCCUCGGCAUCUCAGGUCACCCAUGAAGAGCGAACCGGGGACGCAUCACCUACCGUUCUCACUACGACCAGUCAAGGCUGUCAGGAUGCCAGAGGAAUUUGAAGCAUCAUCUCCCGUCGAUCGACUGUCGAAUAGCGCUACCUCCGGCAGUAUCGUUGGUGAAUUAAGCAGUUCUGAAAAGUAUGUUCAGUCGACCGAGAAGCAGCUCACUGCGGAUAAUAUGCACGUUCUUGUCGCAGAGGACGACCCGGUCAACAGCAAGAUUGUCAAGAAGAGGCUGGAGAAGGCAGGGCACAACAUACAUCUGACGGUAAAUGGUGAGGAAUGCGCGUCUGCAUACGGCGAUGGGCUUGAGAAGUUUGAUGUUGUCCUGAUGGAUAUGCAGAUGCCUAUCGUCGACGGCCUCUCCUCUACCAAAAUGAUCCGUGCCCAUGAGAAAACUCACGGUGCCGAAUCCGGCUUGUCCGAGCGUGCGAGUCGUAAUGGACGCGUCCCGAUCAUCGCGGUUUCGGCGAGUCUGAUCGAAAAGGAACGGCAAACGUACAUCGACGCCGGAUUUGACGCCUGGAUCCUCAAGCCUAUCGCUUUUGCUCGCCUUUCGGAGCUCUUGGAAGGAAUCGUGAAUGACACGGUGCGCGAAGGCUGUCUAUAUAAGCCCGGAGGUUGGGAGAAGGGCGGGUGGUUCCAUAUGGGAAGCAAGAGCGCGUGGGAUGUCAAUACUGCAGCUUCGGGCGAGAAACCGAGCAUGGAUGGCGCGACUGAAAUCGCUGAGGCGGAGAAUCCGGAUAUUAGUACCGUGGCGCCCGUGGAAGACGGGACGGAUCAAGAGAGGGAGAGACUGAAAGGCGAGCAGGACAAAGGGAAAGAGGCGACGGUCGGCGAGGAUGACCAGGUACCUACUGAAUGACAACCUUCGAGGCUGUCGUUGAUGUAGAAGAUCAACUCAACUCAUUGGCGCCCAAUCACGACAAUACCACUUGCACCUCCUGGGUACCC